AUGGCCGUCAACUGCUGUAACGGAGUGUGUGGGACUUUUCACAGAGCGCUUCUCCUUCUGCUUCUCGGGAUGUAAAUAUUGACACACCGGGGUCGAAGAAGUAGUUUGACGCAGAUAUGGGGUAGCUGAAAUUCACUGGCUGGCAUUUUAAAAUAAGCGUUUGGUUUGUCAAGUCGGCAUUAUUUUCUUAUAGAAAUGUACAGUUCACCCUCCGACACCGGACUCCUGCGGCCGGAGGAAUGUUCUGGCAGCAGCAGCAACCUGUCGCUCCGCCGCAACCUUAUACCCAUCCGGAGGCAGGAGGCUGACACGAGCGUUAGCCUGCCAAGUUUGGCAACCGAAGAGGACGAGGAAGUCCUGUUUGACACUUCGGAUACAGAUACUGACUGUGAGGUGUUGAUGGCUGGUAGGCAUUACCCAUCCAUCCAGGAGUUUGCUUCAGCAAUCCCCAACCACCUUCUGCUGGGAUCUCUGCUCGAGCACUUAUGCUUCGUCUAUGAAAGCAAUCCAGCUCGCUCACGGAUGCUGUUCAAAGUCAUCGGACAGCGUUUAGCUGCCAUGAACCUCCUCUCACCUUUGGCCAUAAGUGAUGAAUUCAGCACUGUCAGACUCCAGCACAAUCGGGCCUUCACUGAGCUGCUUAAUGCUGCUAGCUCCUCCCUGUAUCCACAGGGCCAACAACGCCUCAACACAAACACACACAGUCCUGCUCUAAGACCUAAGGAGGGACUGUUUCAAGCGCAGACAUCACGGUAUCUCAGUGAGUUUGAAGAAACCUCUAGACUUGGAAAAGGGUCAUAUGGAAAUGUCUUUAAGGUUUUAAACAAACUGGAUGGACAAUAUUAUGCAAUGAAGAAAAUUCUCAUCAAAAAAGUCUCAAAGGAUGAUUGUAUAAAAGUCCUUAGGGAGGUCAAAGUGUUGUCCAGUCUGCAGCAUGUUAAUGUUGUGGGCUAUCACACCGCAUGGAUGGAACAUGUUCAACCUGCAGCAUAUCCUGAGUCUAAGCUUCCUGCUCUAGAAUCUCCUGAAAAACAAGACAGUCCUAGUGUGAGCCUUGACAACAGCAGCAUCAGCUCCUCUAUAGUCUUUCAAAGCCUCAGUCAAGCACCGACAGACGCUGCUGCUUCAGCUGACAAAUUACCUCCAAGAGACAACCAGCCUGUCAAAGCCUUGGUUUCAGCCCAGGAGGGCCAGGUGGUGUGUCCCAAGACGAUGCGUCGCAUCCCAGAGAACUAUGUCCCUUGUGUGUUCCUGGGACAGAAGGGUCCUCCGCAGAGCUCCAAGUGUCCUGCCAUGGGCUGGGAAAAUUCUGCACCGUUAGAUGAGGAGUCCAACAGGAGCAGCAUCGAACUAAACAACAACUCCUUCGUUGACAAGGAGUGUCAGCAGUGGGCUGACAAACGCACAGCAAAGCCUUCUAAAGAGGUACAGUUCCACCUGAUGCUCUACAUCCAAAUGCAGCUAUGUGAGCGUUCACUGAAGGACUGGAUCUCUGAGAGGAACUCCAUACCCAAAGAGGGACAAAUCUCAAAAUGUCCGUACGGCUGUGUUGACGCAGAACACACACUCAAACUUCUUAGACAUAUACUUGAAGGGGUGGAGUACAUUCACUCGCAGGGAAUCAUGCACAGAGACUUGAAGCCAAGAAACAUUUUCCUUCAUGGUGCUGACUGCCAUGUUCGGAUUGGAGACUUUGGUUUGGCUUGCAGGGACAUAAUAGUGGACAGCCAUAAAAGCACCACCUCUCCCUGCUGUGAUUCCUCUCAUACUUCAGGUGUUGGCACCUUUGUGUAUGCUGCACCCGAACAACUGAAAGGCUCCCAUUAUGAUUCGAAGUCAGACAUGUACAGCAUCGGAGUGCUGGCUCUGGAGCUAUUCCAGCCCUUUGGGACCGAGAUGGAGCGAGUCCGGACCCUUGGGGAACUGAGAGAAGGGAAAAUUACAGACUCAUUCUGCCACAGAUGGCCAAUUUUGAGUAAAUACAUCACAAAGCUGACGAGUGAAGAGCCCAGCGUUCGACCUACGGCCAGCGAGCUUCUACAGAGUGAACUCUUCUGCAGUAAAGACACGGUGAUCCACGGUUUGCAAAGAAGGGUUGAAGAGCAGGAGGAAGAGAUCAUGCAGCUGAGGAGACAGAUCAGUCAACUUCAGAGCUCACAAAUCACAGUUCAUUUCUCUGAGUUGGACAAGACCUGAGCCUUAAAAAUCUCAACAGACUCUCAAAACUUGAUUUAUUCAGGCACUGCUGUACCUUGUCUUGCUGACUCAGUACAAGUGGCGGAGUGCAUGAGCGCGCGCGUGUGUGUGUGUGUGUGAACAUUUAAGUGUGUCUUGUAUACCUGGAUAAUGGAGUGCAAUUAUUUUCCUUCAUGCAGCUGUUCAAUAAAAUAAUUUUCUGAUA